ACUUAUCUUAAGGGUGGAAAAUGCCAUAAUAUUGUAAUUUACGCAAUGCUCACUACGUCAUACUAUUACAACAUGACUAAUCGCAAAGUGACUCUUUUCAUUAAAGCCCAUAUAUGGGCUAUAUUGUGUUCCCUUUUCGUGCAUUCCAUUAAAAUCGAUUUACUUGAUGAUAAUUUUCCCCCGAAUGUGAAUGCCUACCAUGGUAGCUUUCAAGAGGGGGGGCUAUAUCGUUUGAUUCAAUGCAUUGAUGUCGAUUUAGAUGCUGUUGUGUAUGGGAAUCUUCUGAUUGCGAAGGUGCCUCAGGGUUCAGCUAGAGAUAUGUAUGUUUACAUAGAGGAAUACAAAAUACAGAGUAAAGUGAUCAUUUGUAUAACGUUUAUAGAUAUGAUUUUAGAAAUUUGCAAAAGUAGAAGGUAUUAUAGGUAUAAAAUAUUUGGAUUUGCGGAGGCAUCACAUCAGAUAAUGAAGUCGGUUAAGGAUCCCAUAUUUUUAGAAAUUGAUAUGACGAUGGAAAAGAUGCAUCAUCAACUACGUUGUGAAUUAAGACCAGAGGGUGAACAUGGCGCACCAUGGUAUUCGGUCCGUCCACAAUAUAUAAUAGGUAAAGACAAUAGAUUCAGAUGCCGGCGGUUUGCUAGCAGGUUUCUUAUAUCUCAGAUUUUGAAUGUUGAUUAUAGAAAUAAUGGGAUAUAUCCUCCUUCAUCUUUAAUUGGUUAUUUUAAGGGCUUCUCCAGAUCAUGUAGUGAAGAGCAUUGCAUUGUUACCGUACUGGACCAAUAUGAAUUUAUGUAUGAAAUCGUUAUACCACCUACAAUUAACGGGAUUUUUAGACCCAGAAACAUAUAUGAGACUAUGGUUGAAAUAGACCCACAUAUGCAACGAAGAUUAUCUCCAGAUAAAACAUUGAUUGAGAUUGAUAUUUCAUCUAUUAAGCAGAAUCGGGAUGAUCUAGUCAUACUAGCGAACUUAAAGAGAGGCAAAUGGCUUUAUACUCAAUAUACAAUAAUACCGUACCGUUACCCCCUUUAUGAAAUUGCUUGCGUAAUAUCUACUGAAGAUAUAUCUACCAUUUACUGUCCAACUGGGCAAACAGUGGUUACUCAUGUAGAAGUGUUUGACCAUAUAAUACACAAAUGGAGGUACAUUGUGAUACAUACAGUAAAAUUCAAUGAAGGAAAUGAUAUGAAUGAUUAUGAUAUAUAUAAAAGAAUUGAUGAUGAAGAAGGCGUUAAAUAUUUUGACGUUGGAAAUAACUUUUGCAAAGAACCUUAUAUGUUAAUGUUAAAUAAUAUAAGCACGGAAGAAGGCGGUGACGAGGGAUUACAUACCGCAUGUAUGGGUCAAGUUCUCAAUGUGACUACAUCUGCAUGAUUGUAGUGGAAAUUUUAAGGUCAGCUGUAAGUCUUAACACCCCAAAGGACGAGUACUAAC